UUUAAAAGAAAUUAUUGUAGGCCCCAAGAUUUACUUCGAAACAAUCUUGAUACUCUUAUGGUGAGAGUGAUGUCCCUUCGUAUCAUCAAGCGCCCUCUUCUUGCAGUCAGCCAUCGUUGUGUACUGUGUACUUUUGGAUGUGUUGUUUAUGCCGUUGGUUCUCAACACAAGGCCAUUCGGUCAUUUAAUGCGUGGAAUUUAGUUUUUCAUUGAGCGGUUCCUGAUUGUUCAGCAUUCAUGGAAUACCGAAUUACUGUUUACAACGCGGCGCGGGACGGCAAAUUAGGCCGCCUGCGAGUAUUUUUGGAUCAGCGAUCAAAAGAUGAUGUUUCUAUGCUGAUUCAUGCCAAAACAAAUGGAGCAACCCCUCUUAUUAUGGCAGGAAGAAAUGGACACUUAGAAGUUGUCAAGUACUUAGUAGAACACUGUAAAGCAGAAAUCGAACAAGUAGGCUCUGUGACCAUAGACGGAGAGACCAUUGAAGGGGCCCCACCUCUUUGGUGUGCUGCAGCAGCAGGUCAUCUGAACAUUGUCAAGUACCUUGUGGAACAUGGUGCCAAUGUAAACAAAACAACAUACACAAACUCAACACCUCUGAGAGCAGCUUGUUUUGAUGGUCACUUUACCAUAGUCAAAUACCUUGUUGAACAGAAAGCUGAUAUAGAGAUUGCAAACAGACAUGGUCAUACCUGUUUGAUGAUCUCAUGCUACAAGAAACAUCUUCCAAUAGUAGAGUACUUGCUGGAUUUGAAAGCCCAGGUUAACAGGAAGAGUGUUAAAGGAAACACAGCCCUACAUGACUGCGCUGAGUCCGGUAGCCUGGAGAUUGUGAAGCUGCUUCUCAAACAUGGAGCUGUAAUGGUGAAAGAUCACUACAACAUGACCCCUCUAAUGGCUGCUGCCGUGGCUGGGUACUACACCAUUGUCGAGUUCCUUAUAGAGCGUCCAGAGUGCAUGCAGAUAGAAAAAAUUGAGUCCCUUGAGCUUUUAGGAGCAACAUACAUUGACAGAAAACGUGAUAAUUUAGCAGCAUUGCAUGUUUGGCAAAGAGCAAUGAUAAUGCGUCAUGAUCAUGGACGAAAUACUUACCCGAAACCAGUGAAUGUGAAACCAGUAGAAGCAUAUGAGAAUGCUGUGGAGGCCCGGUCGUGUAAUACCUUAGACGAGCUGGUCUCCGACCCAGAUGAAAUGAGAAUGCAAGCUCUUCUUGUGAGGGAGAGAAUCUUAGGGCCUGCGCACCCAGACACUUCGUAUUACAUUCGGUACAGGGGUGCACUGUACGCUGACAUGGGAAAUUUCGACCGUUGCAUAUCUUUAUGGAUGUAUGCACUGGAAAUGCAGCAAAGUGCAUUGGAACCUGUCAGCCCUAUGACCCAGUCAAGCUUCUUGUCUUUCGCUGAACUCUUUUCUUUUAUGACGACGGAAUGGAGAGGGGGGGACCUUUUCUCUUGCCUUAAAUUCGAAAACCUCAUGGCUGUGUUACAGAGAGCAGUAGAAGAAGUGCAAAGAGCUAUAGCGUUCACAAAGUCGAGUAAAACCCCAUUGACAUCAGACACUGAGGCCAAAAGUCUAAGCAACCUGAACAGAUUGAUGGUGAUAGUAUUGCAUCUGCUGUGUCUCAUGACAAGACUGGAGGUUCUUUUAUCUGUUGUAGACAAAUUAGAAUUUCGCAAGGUUGUGUAUCGGUUAGUCCGUAUGUGUCCUCUCGGCAUGAAGAAAACCACACUGCUUCAUCUGGCGUGCACGAGACAUACCACAGACGUAGGCCGGUAUCCCAUAUGUAAGUUUCCGAGUCUGGAUGUUGUUAAUCUCUUGAUAGAAGUGGGAGCCGACGUAAAUGCUCAGGACCAGGACGGUUGCACCGCCUUGCACAUAGCUGCCAAAGAUGUACCCUGUGAUCGACAAGUGAUGAAAACUCUCAUUGAAAAUGGUAGCCAUAUCGAUGCUUGCAAUAACAGAGGAGAGGUAGCUGCUCAACUGCUGCAUAUGGUCCCUAUUCACGACAUCGUACCUCCACUCCGAUUCACCAGUCUCCAGUGCCUAGCUAGCCGUCAGAUUGCAAAGCACGGGGUUCCGUAUAAAGGAGUUGUAGGACCAGAACUUGAGAGGACAAUAGAACUACAUCAAUCAAAAAUUGACACUUUCAAGGCAAAAAUGGAUGAAAAUUCAUGGCCACGAGAACCGGAAAAGUGACAGAGUUUUUGCAGUGUCGUUCUUGAAUUUGUCACUACUUGAUUCUUUCAGUUAGGGUAGGUUUACGCUAGAUACGCCUGUAAGAAAAAAUAAGUUUCUGGAAUGUAUGCUAGAUAUGCUUUAAUCUUUCUUCUACCUUGUUCAAGAAUAGUUUGGAACUACACUGAAGCCAACUGGAUGAUUGGUUGACUUGAUUUUAAAAGUUAUUUAUUGGAAAUGAGUGUGGCUGUGAGAGUGUCUUCUUAACUAAUUGAUUUCAUUCCUUUUGUGCUGAAAAAAUGUGAGGGGUGUCAGCUCUACAUACCCAGGUGUCUGCGAUGGGAUACGACAGCAUUGACUUUCUAGAUUACUCAAACUGUCUUCUUUUUCUCUCUCUGCUUGUUUUUACAUAAUAAGAAAACCAAUAAGUAACAGAAGAACAAAAGUUUUGAAUAUUCUCUGGCUUGAAUUACGGAUAGAAGUUCAGUCCAAAAGUGUGUUGUUCUGAGAGGGUUGAUGAUUGUGUUUUUGCACAUUGUCUCUUUCAACUCUUUGUAUUCCAAGCAUUUAUUUUUAACUCAACCACUUCAAAUAUUAGUAAGAAGAGUUACUUCCUUUGGUUGCCUUCUAAAAAUGAUUGCUUCCCUUGGAGUUUACUGCCAGAUAUUGACUACAUACAUUUCCUUGCUGGUUGAGGAACUUUAGGGUCGCAGUGAUUUCUAAUUUCUCUGUUAUAUAUUUAAUAUUCAUUUGUACUUUGUGCUGUUUAGUUUUUAUUGUGUUGUACUUUAGACACUUUUCCUUUCUCCAUUGUCAUAUGGGACAAAAUGAAAGUCUUAGUAACUGGCUGUCAGCCCCAUUCCCCAGACAACUUGGAGAAUGUUGAGUAAGGCUAGGAUUAAAAUAUUUAACUGUCAGUUGUAACAUUUUAAAAAAUAAUUUCAAGACACUCAUUUAGACAUUUUGCGUCCAGUCACAGACCCAAUGUCUGAGAACACAGGUGAUCUGGUAUAAUAUGUAACCCAACUUUGUUUCAUUUGGGGUGUUACUAUACAGAGGAGCCUUCUUAAACCGACCAUGUUUAAUCCAAAAACAAUGGUAAAGUAAACUGAAAGGAAAUAGAUUCCCUGAUUGUAUUUCUUCCAUUUCAGCAACCUGUCUUUACUAAAAACCUGGAUAAACUGAAGAAAUUCAGCAGUCUUGCAGAUUUCGGUUUAACCAGACUCCACUGUAUAGAAUUAGAGUUUGCAGAAUUCUGUGUGCAUUUGGAUGUGACUUCGCUUCUGGACAUUUGAAGCACAUUAAUCCAUGAAGAUUCUGUAAAUGAUAAAAACAGGGUUUAUUGAAAUUUUUUUAGAAAUGGUUUGUAUGUAAGUUAAGGUAGAGACCACUGUAUCAUAUUAUUUUGAAGAGGAGGCAUGUCUAUUUAUAACCAGUAAGAAUACUUUGUCUCAGCAUAAAAGUAAGUUAUUAGUUGUUUGUAUUUAAUUUGGAAGUGCACUGGCAGUCAAUAAAAUUAAUUGCUGGCUUAUGUGGAGCUGAUAAACCUCACACUUUUGGAAUUUUAUUUUUUCCCCCUUAGAUACAGUAAUGUUUUUCUUUUCUAAAAACAUUAUGUAAUACAAUUUUUGUGCCUGCAUAAUGUUUUCUGGGUUACAGCGUGUAACUUUUUGGAUAAGUUGUUUGAGCCACUACUAAACUGAUUUGUGCUUAGUAAUUUGUGUUGUUUUCCUGUGUGUUUUUCACCGUUAUCCACCCCCGUCCGGUUAUGUCAUGGUCAUCUUUCCCACAGAUUAGGAGUGUGUUUUUAGUGAAGUGCUGCUGGAUUGUUGUAGUUCAAGAUUCCUUAAGUUUUGGAUUUGUUUUUGUUUUUUUCCUCUACCUAUGAGUCUUUUGUCUCUUUCGAUGUGAUCAGUCUGUAGGACCUAUCCAGGUUUUAGAACUUUGCCUGGCGGUUUUUUACUAAAACUGCACAACGUUGAGUGCUCCAUUUAAAA